CGCCUCCACCCCCGCCCCGCCGUGGCGGCCGGCAGGAGGCGCCGCGCUCGCUGUGUCUCUCUCGGGGGUCGCUCGCUCGCUGCUCGCUCGGGUUCGCCGCGCUAACGGCGGGUGUGGGGCCCCGAGGCCCGCGGCGGCCGACGGUGCUGGCGGACCCGACCAGAGCCCCCGCCCGCGGGGGGCGGCCCACCAUGUUCUACGGGGCGCCCUGCAUCAUGGCCCCGCCUGCCAAGAGCCGGCUGAAGCGCCAGGGCCAGCUGCUGUCCAGCAUGCUGUCACGGACACUGAGCCUCAAGUCGCAGGACGCUGACACGGGCCCGCGGGGCCCUGGCGAUGACCCGGCCGAGCUGUCCACGCAGCUGUCGGCGCCUGGCGUGCUCAAGGUGUUCGGGGACAGCGUGGCGGCGGGUGCCCACUACAAGAGCGUGCUGGCCACAGGCGCGUCCAGCGCGCGAGAGCUGGUGCGGGAGGCCCUGAAGCGCUACGCGCUGAGCCCAGAGCGGGCCGCCCUCUAUGUGCUGUGUGACGUAGUGGGCCGGGCCGGCGAUGGGCCCUGGCGGCCCGAGGGCCUCCGCGUGUUCGGGGACCACGAGCGGCCGCUGCUGGCGCAGGCACUCUGGAGGCCACGCGAGGGCCUGGCCCGCAGGUUCGAGCUGAGGCUGCGCUCGGAUGUGGAGGAGCUGGCCGCCGCCGGGGACAUGGACACCGUGACGGCAGGGAUCAACGCCCAGGCCCGGCGGCUGCAACGAAUCCGUGCCAAGGGGACCCUAGCCCCGGCCCCGGGGGUCACCCGCAGCCCCCCUCUGCCCCGCAUGCGCCGCACGCUCAGCGAGACCAGCCUGAGCCCGGCCCCUGGCCCCCAGGACCCCGACCCUCAAGACUCCAGUCCCCUGGACCCUGGCCAGGACGCCAUGCGCUGCUCCCGCUACCAGGAACCCCACCUGCUACUCCUGCAGGGCUACAGCCAACAGCAUGACAGCCUGGUGUACGUGCUGAGCCGCGACAGCCACACGGUGGGCCGGCGCACGGCGGCCAGCAGCCCGAGCAUCAGCCUGGCGGCGCCCGACAUCCUGCCGCUGCACUGCACGCUGCGCCGGCGCGGGGGCGCGCUGUUGCUCGAGCCCUACCCGGGCGCGCGCCUGGCGCUCAACUUCCACGCGCCCGCGGGGCCGCGCCCCCUGCGCCACGGGGACGUGCUGGCGCUCGGCCGCCACUACCUGCUGCUGGUGCGCGACCCCGCGCGCGCGCGGCCCCUGCCCGCGCCCGCCCUGGCGCUCAUGUGCGCCGUCCCGCCAGCCUGCCUGCUGUGCGGCGCGCCCGCCGCCCCCGCCGCCCCCGCCGCCCCCGCCGUCGCCUCCGAGCCGCCCGCCGGCCUGCGCCCGCCGGCGCUCGACUUCCGGCCGGAGGAGGAGGACGCGCUGCUGCGGCGCAUCCUGGCGCUGGCCCGGCCAGGGGGCGGCGGGGACCCCGGCCUGGCGCCCGCCUUCCUGCUAUGCCUGUGCGUGCACCAUUCGGCCACCCGCCCUCCGCCCGGCGCCUUCGGCAGUCUGCUGCUCAAGAUCGCCAAGGCCAUCCGCGACGCCGUCUGGGAGAAAACCAAAGAGCUGGCGGAGAAGCAGGCGAGGCUGCAGGAGCCACUGUCCCCAGGCAGUGUGACGGUGGCAGCCCUGGCGCCCGACCUCAGGCCCCUGCUGCUCUGGAUGGCCAACGCUGUGGAGCUGCUCUAUUUCAUGCAGCAGAGGUGCCCGCUGUACACGCAGGGCCUGGAGGGUCAGGAUGUCUCAGGCUCCCAAGAGUCUCUGCUGUCCUGCGUGCUGACGGCGAGUGAGGAGGCUUUGGCGGAGCUGGAGGAGGUGGUGCUGUACACCUUCCAGCAGAGCGUGUACUACCUGUCCAAGGCCCUGUACGCCUGCCUGCCAGGCCUGCUGGAGGGACCCCCGUUCCCCGCGGAGCCCCGGCCUGGCUGGCGCCUGGCGCCCCCGCUGCCCGAGGAGCUGCGCCGCGUGGUGGCCGUGUACCAGGCGGCACUCGACCUGCCGCGCCAGGCCCAGGUGCACCCUGAGGUUGCCGCCCAGCUGCUGGCCUACCUCCUCUUCUUCUCGGGCACCCUGCUCUUCAACCAGCUGCUGGAGAAGGGCCCCUCCCUGAGCUGCUUCCACUGGCCCCGCGGCGUCCAGGCCUGCGCCCGCCUGCAGCAGCUGCUCGAGUGGACGCGGGACGCCGGCUGCGGGGAGCCCGCCGAGCGAUUCUUCCGGAAGCUGUCCUGCACCCUCAGCCUGCUGGCCACGCCCAGCGCCCAGCUGGUCCAGAUGAGCUGGGCUGACCUGCGGGCUGCCUGCCCUGCUCUGAACCCCGCGCAGCUGCACCGAGUGCUGACACAGUACCAGCUGGCCUCUGCCAUGGGCCCUGUGAGCGCCUGGGAGCCCGACGGCCCCGAUGCCCUCUCAGCAGAGGAUGUGCUGGACUCCUACGAGAACCCUCCGCCCAUCGUGCUGCCGAGCGAGGGUUUCCAGGUGGACCUGGAGGCAACCUGGCCCCACGGCCCUUUCCAGCAGCUGCUCUGUGCACGUCGCUUCCUAGAGGGCCUUCGAGGGGACCCCGCCCCCGCUGAGGACCAGCAGGCUGACUCCUCGUGCCUGCUGACACCGCCCAGCACCCCACUCAGCCCAGAGCCCGGGGACCCUGACUGGCAUAACACCAGUGGACUAGCCCUACUCGGGGGCCCUGGAGACGCUGCCCCCAAUGAGCCCCCCGCGGGCCCCUGCAGCCCCAGCCCCAGCCCCGAGGAUGAGCGUGCCCCGGUACUUGUGGAGCUGGAGCGAGGCCCAGCGGGGCUGGGCAUGGGCCUCAUCGAUGGCAUGCACACGCCCCUGCGCACCCCCGGGCUCUACAUCCAGACCCUGGUCCCCGGCAGCCCGGCAGCGGCUGACGGCAGACUGGCCCUGGGGGACCGUAUCCUGGAGGUGGAUGGCCAGAGCCUGCAGGGCAUCAGCUACCUGAGAGCCGUAGCCCUGAUCCGCCAGGGGAGGACGAGGACAUGCUUCCUGGUGGCCAAGUCUGACGGGGAGACCGCCCGUAGGCUGCGCUGCCGCCCUGCGCCCACCCAGCCCCGUGGCGCCCUGUGCCCGCUGUAUUCCUGACAUGAGAGUCCUGUUGGUUACAGAGCUUUUAUGUUUGAAGACUUUACCGGAGUUUAGAUUCAAUAAACUUAAGUUUCUUACA